AUGGAAAUCAAGACGACUGCUGUGCUGUCGCUCAAUGGACAAGCCCAAGUUACCUUAAGUGUCGACAUUAAUGGGGAUGUGGAGCAAAAACAGAGUGCGAAUUCCCCUGCAUUAAUUGGUGAAGCGACGUUGGAGCUGAUGAAACUGUUGGGUUCGCUUGUGCGGCUGCGCAUCUCGGACGGUAGGGUUAUCAUUGGCCGCUUUCACUGUUUCGACAAGCAUCAGAACGUGAUUCUUAGAGACGCACGCGAGUUUGCACCAACGUAUACGGGAGUCGGGAAGAACAGCAAGGAAAAGACUAUAGUGCGUGAUGCGGAGGAAGACGCGCGUUUUGCUGGCGACAUGGUGCCACCCAAUAGUCGCGCACUCGGCAUGGCCCUUGUACCGGGCAAGCACAUAGUUUAUAUGAAAGUGCAGAGUUAA